UCUGUUUCAGUGUUCUGGGUCAUGAAACUUAAUCCACAACAAGCUCCAUUAUAUGGUGACUGUGUGGUUACAGUGUUGCUGGCGGAAGAGGACAAAGUUGAAGAUGAUGUAGUUUUCUACUUAGUGUUUUCUGGCUCCUCUCUCCACCAUUACACAAGCACUCGCAAAGUUAACCCUGACACGUUGGAGACCAUAGCUCCUGGACACGACUGCUGUGAAACCGUGAAGGUGCUGCUGUGUGCUUCCAAAGAGGGGCUCCCUGUGUUCGUCGUGGCCGAGGAAGACUUCCGCUUCAUCCAGGAUGAGGUGUACGACGCGGCCCAGUUCUUGGCCACCAGCGCCGGGAACCAGCAGGCGCUGAACUUCACCAGGUUCCUGGACCGGUCAGGACCCCCCACGGGAGAUGUCAAUUCUCUGGAUGAGAAGGUGGCCCUAGCGUUCCGCCAUCUGAAACUGCCGGCCGAGUGGAAUGUCCUGGGCACUGAUCAGACUCUGAAUGAGGGUGGGCCGCGAGAGACGUUGAUGCACUUUGCAGUGAGGUUGGGACUGCUGAGGUUGACGUGGUUUCUGCUGCAGAAGCCAGGUGGAAGGGGUGCAUUGAACAUCCACAACGAGGAAGGGGCCACACCUGCCAGCCUGGCCUUAGAGCGGGGCUAUCAGAAGCUGCAUCAACUCCUGACCCAAGAGAAUGCAGAGGAACCCGACUCCUGGAGCAGUCUAUCCUAUGAAAUUCCCUACGGAGACUGCUCCGUGAGGCACCACCGGGAGCUGGACGUCUACACGUUGACCUCCGAGUCAGAAUCCGAUGACGAAUCUCUGUUCUCCAGAGAUAGUCGGACUGGACACAUUUUCAAACUUAUGAGCAUCCAACAUCAGCUAAUGCAGUCAAUUCAGAGUUCAGAACCUGCUGUCAAGCCAACAGAUGAUCUGGCCUCGUCAUCAGUGAUAGCACAAGACCCUCCCAAUGCAGCGGAAGAGGACGAACCUGGGCAUCCCUUCUCCUCUGCCCUUCUAAAACUCCCACAGUCCUCUCCUCCAGCUGGAGACAUGGCCUGCCCCGGGCGUCCCGGGAGCGAGGUGGGGCAGGCUGCCGGGUCCGAAGAUUCAGCCAGUCUGGUGGGUCCAAACCCACAGAGACCCUCAGCCACCCCUGAAGACGCAAAGGUGGAGAGGGUUGAGGGCGAGCCGGAGGCAUCCAGCCCAGGAUCAGACGAAGGUGGCCCUGGACAGAGGCCACCCUCCCGGACGCCUGGUGAGGAGAGCCGCACCCAACUUGGAAUUACAAAUGAGGAAACGGGAAUCUCGCCUCCCAUUAUCACUUUGCCACAGCGUUGCUUAAGCCAGGGAGAUCCUGCUGCCCAAGAGAAGAACAGCACUGAACCCACAAACUCUGUUCCCAUUGUGGCAGAUCUCACAGCCCCUGUGCUUCCAUUCCCUGAGACAGCGGGCGAGAGGGAGGGGAAGGACCCCGCCAGCCCUCCGGCCACUGGGGCUGAGAGGGAGUCUGAGGAGAGCAUAGCCCAGGGCCUUAGAACCUCGGACGACAGCUCAGGGGAAAACCCUAGGCUGGAGAUGGAAACUGAACCCCUGGAGGCAAACCGCACCCCAAACAGGGCCCCUGCUCUGAGUCCUCUGGGCAGCAAGAUGCCUGAGGAGGAUCCAGCCAAGCGAGAGCUGGAGGAAACUGCCGUUCGAGGAACUGGAACCGGAACUGAAACCCCAAGGGGAAGAGGCCCCAGGAGUCAUGUUUCGGGAACAGAGGAGGUGGAGAAGAAAGAGAAGGAGGAGGAGAAAGAGGGGACAGUUGGUCAGUGUCCUGGGGUUGGCUCUGCUCCUGCGAAGAACGAUACACUGACUGGGUUCCAAAGGGCCUCCCGCUCAGUCGGUCAAGUUGAGAGUGACUCACCCACUGCCCAGGAGCUGGCCAUUCCAGGAAAGUUGGCCCCGAGCCAGCAGGAGAUAGCCCUCCCGAUUGCAGCAGGAGAAAAUGAUCAGUCAGUGGCAUCAACCAUCCGCUCCAUAAUUGAGGAUGACAUCCUGGGGAUGAUUUCUUUCUGCCUGCAGGGUACCACGCCCCCUCCUGGAGAGAAGGCAGGAGAGCCCAGUGGAAGCACGGCCUCGGGACCUGAGGACUCCUCGGAACCUCAGGAGAGUUCCCAGAGUUCCCCCGCUCCGAAGGGGAACUUAGGCCCUGAGACUCACAGGGGAGCCCCUGACCCGGGUGGAGAUCCCCAGGAAGGGGCUGACUGCUUCUCUAGCGGAUUUCUUCUCAAAGACCCUGUGGAAGGGGCCACUCUCUCGGCAGGCCCAGACCAGGUAGCUUUGCCUUCCGAACCCACCCUCCCUGAAACUGGAGAGGAGCCGGCCCCCAGUGGGAUGGAAGCGUUGGAGGGCCCCUCCCCUCAGGAUCCAGGAGAAGUGUUGGCCGGCUCUUCUGGGACUAAAGCCAACGCGCUCCUUUUUGGAGAUUCACAAGCGGGCACGGGGUGCAGCCAGGGCGGUCCUGCCCAGCUGACGGAGGAACCCGACAAAGUGCCCGAGCCGGGCCACCCUACAGACCGGCCUGGCUGUCUUUCUCCUCCUCCUCCUCCUCAGCCUGAGCCUGGCCCAGCCAACCUCAUCACUGCAGGUGUCCUUGGGGACAGGAGAGGCCUCUGCCCUCCGCCUAGCCCGGAAGCUGCCUGUGACCUGCCAUUGGCUGGGUUGGAACCCGACGCUCCUUCCAUGAGCAAUGGGGAGACCAGCUUGCCCCCCGAGUGGGCUCCGUCUGGGGUGGGGAAUGAACCGGUGACAUCGGAGAACAUUUGGGCUCAGGGAGGAGGUCGAGAAGUGAGAGGGGUCGACAGUCCCAUAAUGAAAGACAUUGCGCUCGGUCUAGCUCCCCAGCCCGCCGAGGGGGAGACGCCACCUCCCAGACAGGAGGCGGCAGAACCCAGCCACCAACCUGCUUCGGCCUCUGCUGCUGAAAGCAAAACACCUCUGGGGACCGAGUCUGUAGGCACACCCUCUGCCUUCCCUGCAGUAGAACUUAAACAAAACAAGGAAGUAGCCGCUAAUGUUUCAGGAGUGGCAGAUGAGAGCUCAACUACCCAGGGCCAGGUGGCCUUAGAAACAGCUUUGCCUGCUGACAGGCAGAUGCACCUGGGCUCCGUGGCAGGUGAGUCAGGGCUACUGGUUGCAGUCCACCAAGCAGAAACCAGCCCGGCAGUGGCUGGGCACAAGGCCCUGGAUGAUGAAAGGGCUCCUGCCAUGGAGGCUGCAGUAGGGGACGGCGGAUUGGAAGGGGAGCCUCCUGCUUGGGCUGGGAGCGGUUGCAAAACCACAGAUGUCCGAGGAGGAACGGAAGUGACGCCGUUGGUUCUCGAAGGGGAGGAAAGGCAUGACGGCCUGGAAGACGCCCCCAAGCUGGAUGCCUUGGAAGAGCGAAAGGUCGGUGUCGAUCCAGGGCAGCCAGGACCAGUGUCCUACGGUGGCUCCCUUGUGUUAACACAAGCCACGAUUCCAGCCCCGGUGAAUGUUUGCUGUGAGGAGAAGUGUUUGGGGGAGACAGAAGAAGCCUUCCCAGUUAAGGAGGCAGAUGGGGAGGCCACGACGCCUCGGGUAUCGCUUCAACCCAUUGCCGAAGAGCCACCCUGCAAUGGUGACUGCACUGGGGACCCCGGGGCCAGGCAAGGCGAGAGUCCACCGGGAGUGAGAGAAGCUGAGGAGGUCAUGCCACCAGCCAUCGCAGAUGGGGCAUCACUGGGGGAAAAGAGCCUCCCAGAACCCCCGCAGCUCCCCUCGAGCCAAUCCGCUGAGGGGACCGGGCCCGUGGGGGAGAUGGCAGCCCAGACCGUGUUGGAGGCUGUGGCAAGCCGCUUGGUGGAAGCUGUCAUUGAGGGAGCUAAAACUGCAGAUGCCCUGCUAUCUGCUGUGCUGGAACGCGGGAGCCCCACUUUGUCCGAACCCGGCUCGGGGACAGACAAGGCCAAGAUGACUUCCACUGCUGCUGAGGAGAUGGUGAAUUCUCCCCAGCCCCGGGAGGCCCAGGGAACAGAGCAAGUUCUUAAUGGAGUCACGGCCGCAAGCUUGGAAGUAAAUCCGACCGUGAAGGAGGAUGAGGGCAAAGAUAGCCCCGGGGUCCAGGGACCUGAGACUGCUGCAGACAUGCCGGAUAUGAAAGCUGAGGAUGAAGUGGAUUUUCAGAAUAAUUCCAGGGAGAGCUCCGUUUCUGAAGAGACAGAGAUAGGGAACGUGGCAAAACAUAAGAUGAAACGAGGGAUGGAAGCUCAGAAGGUAAGCAGCAUUGAUAAGCCUGAGAUCAAUCAAGAAAGUUGGUGUCGGAUAGAGCCCAGCCCUACCACACCUGUUUUGGCCAUCACAAAAGCACCAGGUUGCAUAAGGUGCUUAAAAGAUGGCCCAGGAGAGGGUUAUAUUCCAUCACCGGGGAGUAAUGCUGAACUCUCGAGACCCCUCAGUGGACUGGACAAUGAUUUGACAAAGUCUCCAGAGGAACAGGUGACUUGCAGGUUGCUGAUGGAGGAUCCGGUUGCCGUAAAGGAACCACCAUCCUUAGGGGUCAGUAUCCCCGAGGUCCAAGACCUCAGCGAUCAGCAGAGUCCUGGCAGGACAAAUGACCACGACGACGGAGCUGAGGGAAAGGACACUGAAACCAUGGGCUCAGGGGAGACUGGCGAGGAAAUGGACAGUUUAACUGAUGUCUCUGAGAACUGCUCCAACCUAAGAAACUCUCUGCGCUCUCUUUCACCAUUUCGGAGACAUAGCUGGGGACCAGGGAAAAACUCUGCCAGUGAUGCGGAAAUGAAUUCCCGGAGUUCAGUACGAGUUCUUGGGGAUGUUUUAAGGAGACCUCCCAUUCAUAGAAGAAGUAUGAGCUGGUGUCCCUCAGGCGUACAAUACCCGACUGUCCUGGGUGCUGACUUUAAUUGUAGAAGUUUCAGCUUGGAAGGCCUGGCCGGUGGCGUUGACAGCAACAAGUCGUCUUCAGCUUUGGAGGCCACCUCCACAAGCCCCAAGCAGCAGAGGUGCAGCCCUCUCAGUAGUGAGGAGCGAACCAGCUCUUUGGUCUCUCUCACCGAAGAGGACUUAGAUUCGAACCAGCAGCAGCACAGGAUGUUUGAACGUCAGCCACGCCAGAGAUCCAAGCAACCGGGCUUCGGUUACUGCACAUCAGCUAUUUCUUCUCCACUGACAAAAUCCAUAUCGUUAAUGACAAUCAGCCAUCCUGGAUUGGACAAUUCACGGCCUUUCCACAACACCAGUGCCAAUUUGACAGAAAGCAUCUCUGAAGAGACCUAUAAUUUCCCACCACACAGCCCUUCCAAGAAAGAUUUUGAAGGGAAAAGUGGAACGAAAGUCAGUCGCACCUUCAGCUACAUCAAGAAUAAAAUGUCCAGUGGCAAGAAGAGCAAAGAAAAGGAGAAGGAGAAAGACAAGACUAAGGAGAAAGACAAGGAUACCAAAGAGAAAGAGAAGGACAAGAAGACCCUGAAUGGGCAUUCAUUCAGCUCCAUGCCAGUCGUUGGACCAAUCAACUGCUACCAGUGUGCAAAACCCUUCACAAACAAAGACUCAUACACGUGUGCAAAUUGCAGUGUCUUUGUCCACAGGGGGUGCCGAGAGAGCCUGGCUUCCUGUGCCAAGGUCAAAAUGAAGCAACCAAAGGGGAAUCUUCAGGCCCAUGAUACCUCGUCAUUGCCCACAGUGAUCAUGAGAAACAAACCCUCCCAGCCCAAGGAGCGGCCUCGGUCUGCAAUCCUCGUGCCUGACGAGACCACCAUGGUUCCUCUAUUCAACAGCAGGCGAUCGCAGCAGAGCUCAGCUCUUUCCAAGAGCAUCUCCAUCCAGAAUAUUGCCGGAGUUGGCAAUGAUGAGAGCAUGUCCACUACCUGGAAAUUCCUGUCUCACUCCACAGACUCCUUAAAUAAAAUCAGCAAGGUUAAUGAAUCCACAGAAUCACUCACUGAUGAAGGAACAGACAUGAAUGAAGGACAGCUUAUGGGGGAUUUUGAGAUGGAAUCAAAGCAGCUGGAAGCAGAGUCUUGGAGCCAGGUUGUAGACACCAAGUUUCUCAACCAACAGCACAAGGAUAUGGUGAAAAGGCAAGAAGUGAUUUACGAGCUGCUGCAGACUGAACUGCAUCACAUCCGCACUUUGAAGAUCAUGAGUGACGUAUACAGCCGUGGUAUGAUGACGGACCUGCUAUUCGAACAGCAGAUGGUGGAAAAACUUUUCCCCUGCCUGGACGAACUGCUCAAGAUCCACAGUCAGUUCUUUCAGAGGAUCCUGGAGAGAAAGAAAGAGUCCCUGGUGGACCGAAGCGAGAAGAACUUCCUCAUCACACGGAUAGGGGAUGUGCUCGUGCAUCAGUUUUCGGGGGAGAACGCCGAGCGCCUGAAGAAAACGUACGGCAAGUUUUGCGGGCAGCACAACCAGUCCGUGAAUUAUUUCAAAGACCUGCACAACAAGGACAAGCGCUUUCAGGCCUUUGUCAAGAAAAAGAUGAGCACGGCUAUAGUGAGGAGGCUCGGCAUUCCAGAAUGCAUAUUACUUGUCACUCAAAGGAUCACUAAAUACCCUGUGUUAUUCCAAAGAAUUCUGCAGUAUACCAGCCAAAACGACGCGGAAGGGCGAGACCUGACCCAAGCUCUGGCCUUGGUGAAAGAUGUCAUCGGGGCAGUCGACAGCAAAGUCGCCAACUAUGAGAAGAAGUUGAGGCUGAAUGAGAUCUACCUGAAGACUGACAGUAAAUCCAUCAUGCGAAUGAAAACUGGGCAGAUGUUUGCAAAGGAAGAUUUGAAAAGGAAGAAACUGGUGAGGGAUGGAACUUUGUCCCUGAAGAAUUCCUCGGGAAGAUUAAAAGAAGUACAGGCAGUUCUGCUAACAGAUCUACUGGUGUUCCUGCAAGAGAAAGACCAAAAAUACGUUUUUGCUUCACUGGAUCAGAAAGCCACCGUGAUUUCCCUAAAGAAAUUGAUUGUGCGGGAAGUGGCCCAUGAAGAAAAGGCCCUGUUUCUAAUCAGCAUGGGGAUGAAGGACCCUGAAAUGGUGGAAGUCCACGCAAGCUCUAAAGAAGAACGGAAUGGCUGGAUCCGGGUCGUCCAGGACACCAUUAAUGCUGUGAACAGUGAUGAAGAUGAAGGCAUCCCAAGUGAAAGUGAAGAAGAGAAGAAGAUUUUGGACCCCAGAACCAGAGAAUUAAAAGACCAAAUUCAACAAAAAGAUCAACAAAUCCUAAAUCUUUUGGAGGAGAAGAAGAUGAUUUUCCGGGAUCUGACAGACUGCAGUGCCCAUUUGUCUGAUGAUGCCUCCCCGACGCCCGACUCCCGGGUGCUGUUCAGAGCCAGCACGAAAGAGGCCCCCAAAGGAGCCCCUAUCAUCAAAAGCGCCAUGAAUGAAGUUCAAGUCCUACAAGAUUUGGUGAAAGGCAACCUGGGGAAUGUACUUGGGCAGCCUGUCAACAAUCUCAGCGAACAAGAAGGAGUCGGUCCCAUUUCUUUGCCCAGAAGAGCAGAAACCUUUGGAGGGUUUGACAGCCACCAGAUGAAUGCAUCAAAAGGUGGUGAGAAGGAAGAAGGAGAUGAAUGCCAGGAUCUUCGAAGAACAGAGUCUGACAGCGGACUGAAGAAGGGUGGAAAUUCCAACCUGGUGUUUGUGAUGAAGAGAAACAGUGAGCGGGUUAUCCAAAGCAUCGUUCAUCUCCAUGAACUUCUCAACACUCUGCAGGGAGUGGUGCUGCAGCAGGACAGCUACAUCGAGGACCAAAAGCUGAUGCUCAACGAGCGGGUGAUGAGCCGGAGUUUGUCCCGGCCCAACUCUCUGAUUGAGCAGGAGAAGCAGCGCAGUCUGGAGAAGCAGCGGCAGGACCUGGCCAACUUGCAGAAGCAGCAGUCGCAGCAUCUGGAGGAAAAGCGCAAGAGGGAGAAGGAGUGGGAAGCACGAGAGAGAGAGCUGGCGGAGCGGGAAGCCCAACUGGUCCAGGGAGAGGAGCAGAUGCAGAGGGACCAACAGGAGCUAGACCGCGAGCGAGAGGAGCUGCGGCAGAAGAAGGGGGCAUACCAGAUCGAUCUGGAGAGGCUCCGGGCCUCCCAGAAACAGCUGGAGAAAGAUCAAGAGCAGCUGAGAAAGGACAACGAGAGGUUACUGCAGAAGCAGAGUGAAUUUGAGGCCAAUCAGAUGUCCCAGCACAACAGACUGAUGAGGAUACCAUCUUUCUUCCCCAACCCCGAGGAGCCUUCUGGACCUUCUGCACCUCCCCCGGCAUGGCAGGGGUCUUUGGACUCGGAACUGACUGUAUCCCCCCCAAAAAACAGCAUCUCUCGGACACACAAAGACAGGGGACCCUUCCACUUACUCAGUGGAACCGGCCAGUCAGGCAAAGCCCCCGAGGGAUCGGGCCAGUCCCCACCCUCUGCCUCCACCCGCCUGUUUGGGUUGGCCAAGCCAAAGGAAAAGAAGGAGAAAAAGAAGAAGAGCAAAGGAAGCCGUUCUCAGCCCCCUGAUUCACUUUCAUCAGAAGCGCCAGCAGAGGGCGAAGAGAUCUUCUGCUGAGAAUCCGUUUCUACCCCCAGAUCUGUAAGGAAAGACCCUCUCGGAAUCUGGGCGGCCCCUUUACCACCUGGCACACGGGUUAUUCCGAGGCGGGGGGUCUUUUCCCUCUCCUCCGGUAUUUCAUUUCCCACCAGUACACCCAAAGCUGGAUUUGAAGACGAUAAAUUCUAGGAUCCCAGGAUUGGGAACGACAAGGGGCAGAGAGCCCAGGGCGGGCUCUGGGCAUGGUUGGCACUUGCUAAGGUCUGAGAGGGAGGGGGUGACCUGCUGAAGGCGAUCCCCACUGCCAACAGGUGCAAUGGUGGUCCUGGGGAGGGUGGCUGUAGAUUGGUCCUAAGUGCUCAGAGGCUGAAAAUGGGUUUCCCAGGGGCAUGAACACUUUUGAUGGUCUGGGGAGCACACCACCAAAAUGAAAAAGCGAAGGUUGGAACUGUAAGGUCCGUAGAUAGGACGUGUAUGUAUGUCCACACCCAUUGUGCUUGGGGUUGUGUGUAGAGAUAGGUGUCUGUGAGAGCAGUACAGAGGGUUCCUGCAGCUGAUUAGUUUAUCUUGGCCCAAAAAGGCAAUACCUGAUGCUGAUCAGGUAGCAUUUAGAUAUGAGAUAUCUCAUCCUUUAGUACCCACAGUUUGGCUGCCCUAUUCUUCCUUUCCCUCUUCCCUCUGACCUUGCAUGCUUCCUUCCUGGCAUAGUGAGUAUUUCUAUUUCACUUUAGGAGGGGGAUUCGUUUUACAGGGAUAAACUCUCUAUUUCUAAGGGUGUUACGUUGGACCGCCCCCUUCUUUCAUGGCUUUAUCGGGCCCCUGAUAAAUUCCAGACGGUUCUCUAAAGGAAGGGGAGAAACCUGAUAUUCGGUUUUCUGAGUCCAGGUGGAGCCCCAACAUUUUACCCGGAGAGAGACUUGGGUUCAAUUAGCCUGUCCCAAACAAGAUGGAGCUCACUGGCUGUCCAAGUUGGAGGCAGAUUUGCUCUUGGGACCGGGAAGAGAACACCUCUGAUCCUUUGUCACCUCCCCUCUUCUCUUCCCAGAACCCCUCAGUUCGAUAAACAGGAACCAGACCCUCUGGCGGUGGCCACCUGCACCAUCACCCAAAGCAGGGGAAGGCAGAGGCCCUGGGCUUCUGAGACUGAGGGGCAGGCCCAGCUGGUUUGACCACUGGUUCAUUGGUGGGGAAGAGCAAGAGCAGAGCACAGGCUGAAAAGUAGCAGCUCUUCCCUGGGAUUUCCCCAGAUUGACCCAGGCUCCCUGAGCUGAUUUUUCAUUGUUAAAUGGAAAUCUAAGGAUCACCCAAUCGACUACCCCCAACCCCCGCCCAAUCUGAAGUGAAUUUACUUGCUAGAUUUUUUUUUUAAAUUUUUGCACUAUGUUUUAAUUUGUAUUUGCUUGAAGCUUAUCACCAGCUGGGAAGCGCAGGACGGUUCAUGGGUGGCAUUUCCCCAAACCAGCAGCAGCAGCAGCAGUAGCAGCAUCUAUAGGUCCAAAAGGCAGUGUACAGUGCACUCCCCCAGGGGAGGGUCAGCUCUUCAAGGGUGGCUCCUUACACAUGUGAUUGCCCUUGAAGGAGCAUGGGGCUUUGGAUCUACUUAGUUGAGUUUUUUUUUUUAACUGUUAUGUGGUGCUUAUUCAUGAAUUGCAAGCUGGCCUUGCAGAUGGAGAUAUUUAUCUUUCUGUUUAUUUGAAAGAGGUCUGGUUAAAAAGAAAAUUUGUUUUAGUUUAGUUUUUAUUUAUUUUGAUUUUGGGGGUUGGGUGGGGUUUAAGGACACACUUGCGCACCCAGGGGUUGGCUCUCUGCCGCCUUGGGGUGGAAUGCGGAGGGCAGAGGGCCUCCCUUGUUUGCCUGGGUCCUACUUAAAAGACUACAACUGGGAAAUGCAAAGCCCAUCACUCAGGGCCAGGCCAAGGAGGCCAGGCGGUUCCCCGAAUAAAAAUGGAGGAAGGGGGUGAGGUUGACUGUGGUCAGGGAAGGGGGACAGGGAGUUCCGUUGCCCGGGAUGAGAAUCUGAGAAACCUGCGUCAUCGCAACCAGUUGUGUUUGUCUGGGUUGACCUGCUGGCCCGCAAAGCUGGAGACAAGUGUGAGGCUGGGAAUCUUUUAUUAGAACCCCUCUUCCCUCAGCAGUUAGCGUUCCCGCUCAGGAUCUGCCCACAGCAUGGGACUCCUGGGCCUCGACACCAACCAAACUGGGAGAAGGUGUCCCUGGCAAGGCUGCAGUUCUCUGCCAAAGUGCCCCUUCUGGACGUGCAAUAUUGAAAUAAAAUGGGGUCUCCUGCUUCUCCUCCUGGGGCCACAGCGACACCUGGGAGAGAGGCAGGAGGGGAAUGACGGGGCCCAGCGCCAGAUCACCCAUGCUGUUCUAAACAGAAACAACUUUUUGCUCUUGGGUGGGAGGCGGAAGGGAGUGAGCAUUGCUGCGCAGUUCGAUUUCACUCGAAGGUUCGCCUCCUUUCCUUUUCCAGCUGUAGUAUUUUAUUUUUAAUUUGUUUUGGAAAUGGGGAGCUGAAAUAAAAGAAUGCUGAAAACCACAUGGGUCAGGCUUUGCCUGGGAGGGUUCAGAAUUGGGGGACCUGGGCAUCCCCUGUGUGGAACCCAGCGUUACUAAGCUUUUUCUGGGACCCCUACUUACAGUGUUAAGGGGAAAGCCGCUUAACAAGGGAUGGGCUACUGCUACUAUGUCUUUGCCACUUAUCCUAUUUAGGAGUGAGCCGAUGGCUGCUCAAGGUUUGAUGUGAUAUGAUAUGUGAUAUGAAAGACGCACAAUUGGAGCUGGUUAUUGUGCCAGGGAGUGGUCGGGGAAGGGGCUCCGUGGUCUGGCUUAUCACCCCACGAAAAGGCCCGGCGUCCAAGCUGCCAUUGUGCCGAGAGUCCUGCUCUGGCCUUCCGUCUCCCCCAAUUUCGCUCUGCGGUCUUGAGGGUCCCACCCCCGGUUCUCCUGCCCAAAACCCAGGAGGUCAACAAAUAACUGUGGUAGCAGUGGAGGAAAAAGAGGUUCCUUGAAUUUAGAACCCCAGGGCCACUUGGCCUCCAGGUGAAAUCCAGUUUCUCACACCUGAAUGAGAAUCAUCUCAGACUUUUGUCACCAUUUGAUGCCACAAGCACUUUAAAAAUCUCUUUGGAUACCUUGAUUAGGAGACAAUCAGAUUUACAUUUCUCCCCUCCACGCCCCACUCUAAAAUUGGAGAGGAUUAGAAAUUGUCAGAGUCCAGGAAGCUAAAUUCGGCAAAUGGCCUUUCUCUUUCCACUCUCUCCCCUCACAGCUCAUGGUGUGUGCUCUGAAGGGAGAAUAAAAGUCUUGAAACCCUUUGCCGUUUGAGCCCAAAGCAAAGGUAGUGUGAAUCAUACCUCUUGCCUGUCACAUCUCAGGGUAAAACCACUGUAGAGAGAGUUAGCAAGGGUGUCUGACCACUUAAAAAAAAGUGUCUUCACUUGAAAGCCUCAUUAAAAGGGUGGGUAUCUUCCUCCUGUCCACCCAACCCCCCCACCCCAUCUUUCCCCACCAGAGUGGCCAACUGAACCCAGGGUGACUCUCCUGAGUUUACCCACCUCUCACGCCAUUUCCAUUCCCCAUUAGGUGAAAAUAACCACUUCCUGCCUUCCUAUCCGGGAGGGCAGAGGAGAGAGGCCAUUCAGUAGCACAAGGAUUUGGAAGAACUGGCUUGGUUCUCCCAAACUGCAGUGAAGCCAGAUUGGCAUUUCCAGAAGACCGGAAGCCAUCCUGCAGCAGAGAGCAGCUUCGAGGCUGGAUCACUGAAAGGAGCAGAAUUGCUUUCAAUCCCAUCCUGGCCGAUGGGAAUAGGAUCCCAGAACCCCAGGGGUUGGUCUUUGGGUGGCAAUGAAAUAGAAGUGAAGAAGAAAUAGCAGGGGUGGGGAGGAGGCCCAUAAUGAUCCCACCACCGUCACCUAAAUUCACCCUUGAAUAUCAUAGGGACAUUGGAGUCUUUGCAGCUUUUAUCUUUUUCCCUCUUAAACGUAGCAUAACAUUCCUCGUUUAACCAGAGCUCUGAAAUUUUCUGCCUGCCGGCCGGGCUUCUACAUUAAUAAAAUAAUUUAAUGCCGCCUUUAAAGAAAACAAAAAAGGAAGAAAAAUAGUUUCCAAAUGCUCAAUGUUCUCGUUUCACUCAUUAAAAUGACAGCCAACUGUCGGGUCGUCCUCUCUCCAUCCAUGAAGCUAAGUUUUAAGGUCGGGCAAACUGAGGUGAGACCAAAGCAUUGCCAGCCACGGAACAAUCACAAAUCUAUCAUCCAGAGUAAACACUGAGUGCUUCAGUGGGUCUCCUACCUCCUCCUGGAAUUUCUGAUUUGUUCCAAGGCUUAUCGGGUACACAGCCCCACGUUCACACCUGCUUCCUUUUGCGCACACAAAUGUAGAUAAAUCCCCCUCCCAAAUCUCUCCCCUCAUCAGUCUUGCUUUCUAAAAGGUGGCACAGCAGUGGGACCCUGGUCAGUCUCAUGGCAGUGAUGAAAUUCUGAUGGAGACUUCUCCAGUUCAGUUUGCCUGUGGUUAAAGUUUAGCUUUGUGGCUUCCCGUGUUUUACUUUUACUAACAUGGAGUGCACUAGCAUUAAAGUCACCAAAUGUUCAGAGGGAUGGUUUUAAUCCAUCAUUACCUCUGCUUUUCAGUUUGUUUUGUUGUUUUGUUUUUAAAUGCCAGUCAGGAACAUUUUUCUUGCUGAAUUAUAUUAAAAAACAAUGGGUUAAACCUGAUUACUGUAUGUUAAUUUGUAAUUAUGUAAAAAGUGAACCAGUUAUAAACUGUAAAGUUUUUCAGUGUGCCUUGGAAAUUUUCUCUGACACACUGACUUUGUAACAAGCUUUUAUUUAUCUUCCUUUCUAGUUAUCAGCUACGAACUCUUGAAAAGCCUUUUCUCCUGUCCCCAACCCCUUCCAUUUUAAAUAAAAUUCCUUUCAAAUCUG